UUAUGUAACAGGACUCCUCCUCUCUGAGAUCAGCUAGAAAUUACUUUAAUGCAGCCGAGCAAGAGGGAGCCAUGGGUUUUAUUCUUUUCUUCUCUUUAGAAACAUGGAUACUGCUGAUCACAUUUAUCUGCAUAUUUGUUAUGUACGGCCACUGGACCUUUGGUAUAUUUGAGAAGAUGGGGAUCCCAGGUCCAAAGCCAGUCAUGUACUGGGGGACAAUAGCCAGGCACAACCGUGUUCACUUCUUAGAUGACUAUGAAUGUGCUCAAAAGUAUGAGAGAAUAUGGGGUGUGUAUGAGUUUAGGAAACCCAUGCUGGCUGUGAUGGAUCCUGACAUGCUGAAAACCAUCCUGGUGAAGGAGUGCUUCACCUACUUUACCAACCGCAGGAACUUUCGUCUGAACGGAGAUCUCUAUGACGCAGUGUCUCUGGCUGAGGAUGAUCAGUGGAGACGGAUUCGUAACAUCCUCUCUCCCUCCUUCACCUCUGGCCAUCUAAAAGAAAUGUUUAGCAUCAUGAAGCAUCAUUCGCGCAAACUGACAGACAGCCUGCAGUCCAAGGCGCACAAUGAUGAGGUCAUUAUUGUGAAAGACUUCUUUGGACCCUACAGCAUUGACGUGAUGGCAAGCUGUAUAUUCAGUGUGGAUUUUGACUCAAUCAAGAACCCUUCCAAUCCCUUCAUCACCCACGCAAACCAGAUGUUUAAAUUUCCCCUUCUUCUUUAUAUUUUUCAAGCAUGCUUUCCAAUUUUUCUUCCUCUUUUGGAGCGUUUGGGUGUCUCCUUGUUCCCCAAGUCUUCUACCGCUUUCUUAAAGUCAGUUGCGGAGAAGGUCAAAGCAGAACGCAACAGCUCGUCCCAGACUUCAGAUGAUAUGCUUGAGCAUUUGAUCAAGUGUCAGACAGCCAGUGAAAACGACAAAGAAAAGAAGCAUAAGGGUCUUACUGAACACGAGAUCAUUUCCCAAGUGACCAUGUUUGUGUUUGCUGGCUACGAGACAAGUGCCAUCGCUCUUGUUUUCUUAGCUUACAGUUUGGCAAGAAAUCCUGAAAUCAUGAAACGCCUUCAAAGAGAAAUAGACUCCACUUUCCCAAACAAGGGUCCAGUAGAGUACGAAGCUCUGAUGCAGAUGGAGUACCUGGACAGUGUGGUCAGUGAGUGCCUUAGGCUGUACCCCUCAAUUCCACGUCUGGAACGAGUGGCUAAGGAAACUGUAAAAAUCAGUGAAAUCACAAUCCCAAAGGGCAUGCUUGUUAUGGUUCCAGUCUACGCUCUGCACCGUGACCCGGAGCUGUGGCCAGAGCCAGAGGAGUUCAAACCUGACAGAUUUAGUAAAGAAAACAAGCAGAACAUCAACCCGUAUACUUACCUUCCAUUUGGGGCUGGGCCAAGGAGCUGCAUGGGGACGCGAUUUGCUCUGAUGAUGGUUAAACUGGCCAUGGUGGAAGUUUUGCAGAACUUCAGUUUCUCAGUCUGCAAAGAAACAGAGAUCCCAUUAGAGAUGGAUGUUGCAGGCUUUGUCUCUCCGGUUCGACCAAUCAAACUAAAGCUGAAGAUGCGUUCCAUCAGCUCAGCAAAUGUGGAUCCAUGUAACUAGAAAGCACUCAGACAGAUGAUAAACUCGAAUCAGAUUCAAACUACAAGAAUUUAAUAUGCAAGAAAAACUCUGGGUAUGAAAAUACCAAUUUAGUAUCUUUUAUUAAUGAUCAUCUACUCAGUUUUUGUCAGUUGGUUAGCAUUUAAAAAAGCAGUAAAUAAUCACUAAUCACUGUUUGAUAUGUCACAUCAUUAAGAAGUAAUGACACAGAGUGCCUCACUAACAUAUAGAAAAAGGUGGACACUGUAGAAAAGAUUUAAACUACAUAAAUAUUUGGAAAUAUUUGUAAAUAAUUUUGUUUCUGUACAUUACCACAAUACAUUUUAAAUGAAACAGCUGAGAUGCAGUUGAAGGGCAGACUUUCACCUUUAAUUCAGUGGGUUGAACAAAAAGAUUGUGUAAAAGUGUGAGGAACUAAAGUAUACUUUAACAUCAUGUCAGGAGCUCGAAAGUAAUUGGACAAAUUAAAUAAGUGAAAAUAUAAUGUUCAUUUCUAAUACUUGGUUGAAAACCCUUUAAUGACAGCCUGAAGUCUUGAACUCGUGUACAUCACUAGAUGCUGGGUUUCCUCUUUUUUAAUGCUCUGCCAGGCCUUUACUGCAGCGGCUUUCAGUUGCUGUUUAUUUGUGGGCCUUUCUGUCUGAAGUGAAAUACUCAGUUGGGUUAAGAUCAGUUGACUGACUUGGCCAUUGAAGAAUAUUCCACUUCUCUGCUUUAAUAAACUCCUGGGUUGCUUUGG